ACAAUACAGAGGAUUCGCUGAUUCUUCUGUUGAAUCUACGACGAGGUUUUUGGCAUAUUAGGAAGUUUAUUUUUAUUUUGGUUAAAGAUUUGAAACUGCAUGUAUUGGGUCUGUCCACAUGAGCUGAAACUAUAGCAGCAAGAUGAAUUAAAAAAUGUGGUGUGAACAUAGCUGUUGAGAUGGUUUUGAAUAGGCCUUGCAUGUUUGAAUGAAUACAAGCAAUAAUCCUAACAGCAGGUGCAAUGGUUUCUCUGGUAUGCUUGAAACGCAUUCACCUGAAAACGGACAUAGCCUACUCUUUUAUCAUUCUCCUGGCAAUCACACUAACACCAUUAUACAGUCAUUGUGUAAUAGUCUACUGUCUUGAUGUCUUAAUAGAUGCUAAAUUGUUUCCAUUGUUGCUUUGGUAUGUGUGUCUGCGAGAAGGGUUGGUGUAAAUUGAAACGUUGUUUCUGGGGUCCGUGAGCCGUGAAGGAAAUUGAUCGUGCAACUCUGAAUUUUGUAUCCGAGCAAGACUUGUCAUCAAUUUUGAUCAGUGUACACGUGCAGGCUUCGUUGAUGGAAUGGAAAAUGUAACAACGGUAGCGCCUUCGGACGUUGAACUAAUAAAGGAUAAAAACGCUUACGAUUAUUCAACACCAGUCGUCGAUAAUAAGACCACCGUCAUCACAACCUCGGAUAGUAUGGUCAAUCCGACGUCAACCUCGAGGGCCUUUGUGACUGCUUCUACCACUCCGAUGGAUGCGGUUGAUAAUGAUAUCACUGCCGUGAAUAUCACCGGUCACCUGGAUAGUAAGGUGGACAUCGCCCACGUCUGGGCUUUAUGGGGCGUUGUCAUUGCGGCUGGUCUGCUGGUUUUUAUAAUAUUACUCGUUCUUUCUUUCCGCUGCUUAGCCUUUCUGCGAAGACCAAACCCCAAAGACGGGCGAAAGCCUGGUCGACGCAUCCCGAGAUUUCGGCGGGGGACGCUCAAACUUCCGGCCCGACCCGGUGGUGUGAUGGCUGACCAUAAAAGUGUCAGGAAGAACUUCUUUCACAGUCUUGAGCGAGGGGACGUACAGGCACGGCGUCAAGAGGCGACACGACGCUGGCUCUCGGGGAAUCUCUCGACAUCUUUACAGUUCAUCGAGGGGUCGGGAAGCGGUGGUCAGCAGAGCCAUGAAUGCAUUCCAAUGUGCGAGACAUCCCAUCGACACACAUGCCUCGAUCGUAUCCCUGAGAACAGAGAGGUACAGCAGGAGUACUCCUUCGUUCGCUCGCCUAGAGAUCACGACAAGCCCAAAGUCCAACAUCCGAUCUUACACCGACACCCCAACGACAACGCCAAUGAAUUCGUCCGCGUGAUUCCGCUCAACGUGGUUCGAGAUCAGAACGCGAAUAUCGCAUUGUCCCCGACGGAUGUCGACCACGAACGCCAUCAUCAUUACCCGAGGUCGCGAUGGAACACGGCAGUCCGUCCCGUUGCCCGUUCCCGCGUCUUCCCGCACUCCGUACGAGCAGUGUCGUCAGCACCUGCAAGGUAUCCAACCAGUAGACGACGCUACCUGGACAGUAGGUAUCCCGAACACCGAGGACAUGGUCGAAUGCGACAUGAGAUGGGGCAGAGGUUAAGACAUACGGUACCGAAGCUUCCCAAGUUUAAUCUCGCAGGUGAAGCCAUCAUAUCGUCAUCAGAACCAAGUGGAAACGGUUGUCCCGUCGGUGCAGAAUAUCCCUCAAUAUGGGAUGACUUGAGCUUUGAUAAUACAGUAUUCGAGCCUGCGACUACACCGCCAACUCGACUCGUGGUGCCAACCAACUCACCCGAGACCGACGACUCAUCUUCCCAGUCACAGGACAGUCUAAUCGGAGUCAGUGCCGGAGUCAGCCAGUGUAAUGUGUCUUCGGAUGCCAGUUUGACGGUUACAGUCGGUACCAGUAAGAGAACGUCGUACGAGUGGGACUUCUACGAUCCGGGUUACACUAACCAGCCGAUCCGGUUCGUGAACGGAGCGUAUGUGCCGGUUAUCGGAUGCAAGCAGUAUUGGGUUUGAUUAGGAUUCAUUUUUCUUCAGACUAUUAUGAUUGAUCAAUAAACCCAAUAUAGUGGCAAAAAAGAGGACUUGCUUGCUGUAUGAAAGUGUAUGACCAAUGUAACUAUGGAUGUUCGCGAAGUGAGGCUAAAUGUAUAAUUGUGCCGUCCAAUAGUAACGGCAGAUAAUGAACAGCUGGACCAACUUUCCCAUUCACUGAACGUCUGCUUAAUUAUAAUUAGUGAUUAUUUCUGGGCGCCUUUCUCCUCAGGAAUGUUGGGAUAGAUAUUAAGCGAAUUCAUCUCGAAUCAUAUAAUAGUUUUCUUUCAAAACAGAAAGAAAAAAUUGACAUUUUAGACUUGCUUUUAUGGAAAAUAAAAAAAGUUGUCCAUAUCCUUUCUCGCAAUAGCGUUACUCGUAUCACUAUUGAAUUGUGUUGCCAAUUUGAAAUGCACAUAACGUAUUCGUUACACUCACUGAUCA